AACUGGAAACGCUUUUUUCGCUGCAAAAAAAAAAAAAAGGAAAAGGGAAGGUUCAAUUAGGGUUUAGUGAAUCGAAGAUGAGUCGGAGUUUGGGGAUUCCGGUGAAGCUUCUUCACGAAUCGUCCGGUCAUAUUGUGUCGGUGGAGAUGAAGAGCGGUGAGCUGUACAGAGGAAGCAUGAUCGAGUGUGAGGAUAAUUGGAACUGUCAGCUCGAGAACAUCACCUAUAAAGCCAAGGAUGGUAAGGUAUCACAGCUUGAGCAUGUCUUCAUUCGAGGCAGCUUAGUCAGGUUUAUAGUCAUACCAGACAUGCUAAAGAAUGCUCCAAUGUUCAAGGAUGUUAGGGGCAAGGGAAAAAGCUCUUCACUAGGUGUAGGCAGAGGAAGAGGCGCUGCAAUGCGAGCCAAAGGUCAAGGUACUGGACGUGGAACAGGAGGAAGGGGAGCCGUGCCACCUGUGAGGAGGUAGUUUAGUUAACCCUCCUAAUGUAGCUUCGACUCUUGAGACAAUCUCUGCAGUAUCCAUGAGAAUCCGCCAACUUCAGCUUGUCACUUAUGCAUUUAAGGUACACAGUAAGUAAAAUCUCUAACAAGAAGACAGGGAGGGAAGAGAGAAAGAGGGACUAGUUCUGUGUUUUGGGUUACUAACAUGUUUGAAACAUUGACAUGUUUUGUUCACGUGGUCAUUGAGAGACUUCCCACAUCUUAUGUAGAACAGAGCACGAUUCAAAUUUCUAUAAUGAUUCGUCUUUUUAGUC